UCAGAUCAUGUUUCUCUUCCAUCCUUUCUUCACUGUUAAUGUGUCUUCGUGUUACAAGAGGUAUUUUACGGGGUCCAGGCUUUGCCUGUAGUGGAUGACUUGAAUGAGUGCAAUGAAGCUCCAUAGGAAUUUGGUUGGCAUUUUCUUCUGUCUCCUCUGUGGCAUGUCUUGUGGAGAUGUUGGGUGGCAGCUACCUAAUAAGAACUUCUCGGAAGCGGAUAUCAGGAAAGAGCUUAACCAGGCUCUCCAGAUUGUGGACCAACCAACAUUCCAAGGAUGGAGGCCUGAACUUAUAAAACAGGCUGUCCCCAGGAUGUACAUUGGACUGGUUGAGUUAUGGCUUCAGUUCCAAAAUUUGCAGAAGGAGCAGGAAGAGGCAUGGAGGAAAGUGAAGAGGAUGACAAGAACGUCUGCCGGGUCCUGCCAAGAACUGAAAGAAAAUGUCACCGAACUGUUCACCCGAGUGCCUGCCAGAAUGGACAUUAUAGAGAACCAAAUGGCGCUGGUCCAAAAAAAACUGGAAACUAUGGAAGAGGCGCUGAAACCGGAACCGGCAAAUCAGACCUCCGUGGAGCCCGUUGAAUCCGGAAACCAAACAGAAGUGAACCAGACCAUCUCCGAGCCGCCGGCUCACAGGACCUGCAGCUCAAAGACUUGUAGGAACAACAUUAAAGGGGGCAGGAAGGUCAAAGUCAGCAAUUCCCAACUCGCCAACAAGGUGGCAGCUCUCGCCGAGUUACUGAACGGCCACAAUGAGCUGCUGGAGGAACUGUACCAGCGGGUCACCGGGCUGGAGGCGGCACGGAACACGGGCCAGGUGUCGGCGAAGCCAAAGGAAGGGAGUGGAGGCGGCCAUUAG